AUGCUAGAUGAUUUUCGUCUUGAGUGGCUUUGUCGUCGAACAUGUCAAAUGUUAAAUAUUGAUAGGUCAAUAUUUAUCAAUAUGUUAGAACGAAAUAAUGGUUUCAAUGAAGAUCUAAUUGAUAAAUUUCUUACUAUGAAUACAGCUUUACACGAAAGAUCAUAUGCAUUAAUAUUUCAUCGUGAAGAUUCAAAACGAGAUGUUUGGCAAAUGAUUGAAACAAUUGAUGAAGAAGAAUUUGAUGAUUUUGUUGAUGAUGAUAAUGAUCAACAAUUGAUUUUAAAUGUUAAUGAAUCAAUCAAUACAGAAACUGAGUAUUCGAUUGAUUAUGUUAUUAAUCAUGCUCGUUUAUUAUCUGGUGAUAUAAUUAAUUCUUCAUAUGAAUAUUUAAAAAAUAUUCAACGUCUUUUAGUUAUUAAUCAAUAUGACAAUAAAAAUUAUCAUUUUGCAUUAAAAUCAUUUCAUCAAAUACAUCUUUAUUGUGAAUAUUAUCAUUAUGAUAAUUUAAUAAAAAAAACAUUUGUUUAUUAUAUUCGAACAGAUAUUAAACAAUAUUUAAUUCAAUCAUCAACAUAUGAUGAAAUGAAUUUAAUUAUGAAUGAAAACAUUAUUUAUGGAAUUAUUCCUGAAGGACAACCACUUUUAUCACUUGUAGAUAUUUUAUCUUUUAUUUAUAAGGAUAUCUUACCAUCAAUCAAUGAACAAUCAUCAAAAAGUAAAAAAUUUAGAAUUAUCCGAGUGUCUCAAAAAUAG